UGGUUUAUGAAAUAGUAAAGCAAUUAGAAUUAAGAGUUGCUUCUUCGAAUAUUAAGUAAAGAAAAACUGAAUACCAAUUGGUUUAGAAAUUCUGGAGGGGUGUAAUGGCCCUAGAGCAUUUUGUUAUAGUUUGCCAGAUUUAUAAGAAAUUUGCUUCUGUUCAAAAUACAUUACCUUGCUACUUCUAUAUGAUCUGUAACUUGGUUAUUUUAAAAGCCAUAUAUUUUCUGGGUUGAGCAUUUGUAGUCGACUAUCUAUUGUUUACUUGCUACGUUAAAGCCUUCAAAUUACUUCUCAAAUGAGUAUUCUAUCUCUCUCUUGACAGGUCAAUGCUAAUAGAUAAUGACAUGCCAGUUUCAUUUAAGCUUCAUUUGCCCCAAUUCCAUUAUUUUCCUGAACUGUUUAAUUUUUUACCUUCAGAUUGGUCAUAAAGCUCCUCCUGAUCAAAGUUCAGCUUGUGGAAUUUUCUAUAUUGUCGAUGAUUGUACUUUAUGAUAUGAGAAGCAUUUAGUGCAUUACAAGGAUGGCAGCCGUCAAUUUCAAAUACUGGAAUGAUUGUGUGGAUCCCCAAGAUUUAGAGGCAAUGUGGAGGGAUCCUGGCGUGAAAGAAGAAUGGCUUAAUGUUGGAGAGACAAUGGGAUCAAAAGUCCACCUCUCACGUGAUCCUGAUGGUCAGCCUUACUUAACACAAACUGAGAUGAAGGCUGUGGCGGGAAUUAUUGUUCGAAGGCAUUUUGUCUCCCAGAUUGAUUCGGAGAUGCUUUGUGCUAUUGCUGAACGUGAAAGUGGUAGACAACCUUUGGCCACACAGUACAACAAGAAAUCUAAAGAUUGCAUGAUGGGGAUCAUGCAAAUCUCACCAAAAACUGCGGAGUGGCUGGUCAGAGAUUUGUCUUACCCAACCUAUGAAGUGGAUGGGAAUUCAAAACUUCUAUACAAGCCUUUUGUAAAUGUUUAUCUUGGUGCAGCCCAUCUUAAAUGGUUAUCAAACUUUGAGCAAAUAGAAAGAAGUGAAGAAUUCAUGGUGAGGGCUUAUAAAGGAGGUACCAAGAAGGCUACUCACAAGUCGACUUUAAAAUAUUGGCACAAUUAUCUCUCUGUCAAGGAAACUCUUCCAACCAGGACAGUUUUCGAAGUUGCUCCGGUGCCUAAUGCUCUCUCAGCUUCUGCUACAGCUGUUUCAACAAGGAAAAGAACAAACCCUGCAAAAAUAACUUGGGACUCGAGGACCUCCCCUGAAGACAUGGAAGAGAUGUGGAAUAAUGCCAAUGUAAGCAAGGAAUGGAACAAAUCAGGAGAGAAGCGGGGGAAAGUGCGAUUGUCUCAUGAUACAGAAAAGAGACCUUAUCUUUCUCGAACUGAACAAAGGGUGAGACGU